AUGAGUGAUAACCAUGAAGACGUUGGAGGCGGACGAGGCUUGGUCACCAUCACCACGGAUGGCAUGGAAGCACUUAACACCAAUGGCACCAAGGAAAUUGUACCACCUGAUAGUCCAAAAAAAGGGGAUCUCUACGUCUUGAGCACUACAGUUGCUGCUGACGGGGAAAUUGAGAUACGACGAACUCUAGUAGAACCCGGCGAGAGAACAGAUUCCUUUACACCUGACAAUGACACUUCCAUUACACCUGUCAAGGAAAGUUUGCCACGGUUGGAGGGUCCUUCACCUCGUCUUCCUCUUCCAUCACCUUCGCCUGAGGAGAAUAGAUGUGAAGACAAUCAACAAAGGGAGAAGAUAAAACGAACUGAAGUUCAGCAGCCUCUUGGGGACGUUCCAUUCACCACAGAGGAGGAUGCAGUGAAAGGUGAACCUCAGGACAGGCUCGAGGUGAUGGAAGGGGUGGAGAGAAUGAAAGAUCACGACUCCGUGCCUUCGGAAGUAAUUGAGGAUAGUGAGGAAUUUAAUGAGGAAUUAAAGGUUGAAAUUCAGAAAAUGAUUGAUGAAUGUGCAGCUGCGAUUCAAGAGGAAAAACAGGUGGAAACUGAAAAGGAAAGUGGUGAAGAGGUCAAGGAGAUUAAAGGUGAGCAUCAGGAGGUUCUACAGGUGGAGGAGGAGGAGAAAGAAAAUCUCGUGGUUGAAGCCAAGGAGGUGGAUACAGAGCAGAAAUCA